CCCACCGCCCGCGGGCAGCGCUCAGCAGCGGCCCCGGGAUGGGUCCCGGUGGCCCCGGCACCGCGUGGCCCCUGGCCGGGACCGUGCUGGUGGCCGUGGCCGCCUCGCUGGCGGCGGCGGAUGAGGACUGCCUGUGGUACGUGGACAGGAACGGGUCCUGGCACCCCGGCUUCGAGUGCCAGUUCCUGAGCUUCUGCUGCGGGUCCUGCCAGCAGCGGUUCUGCUGCCGGGACCCCCAGCGCCUCAUCACCGAGCGGCAGCAGCGCCACUGCAUCGUCUUCAGCCCCAAGACGAUCGCGGGCAUCGCCUCGGCCGUGGUCCUGUUCAUCGCGAUCAUCACGACCAUCGUGUGCUGCUUCCUGUGCUCCUGCUGCUACCUGUACCAGCGGCGGCAGCGGCUGCGCACCCCGCUGCAGGGCCCGGAGAUCCCACUCUCCAGCUACCCCCCCCCAGUGGCCCCAGCACCGUUCCCUAUGGACCCCAAAGCUGGCCCCGUGCCCCCCCCGCCCGGCUUCACCCCCAUGCCCGUGUACCCCCCGACCGGCCCUGCUGCCCAGUACCCGCUGUACCCCUCUGGACCCCCCGUUUACAACCCCACAGCGCCUCCACCCUAUGUGCCAGCACAGCCCAGCUACCCCGGAGCCUGAGCACCCAUGGGCACCCCAGCACCCUCCUCCAGCAGGGUUGGGGGGCCCCGGG